CCGAAGCACACAAUCUUUAAUGAAUUGUAUCGUUUAAUGGAGAUUCGUCUAGUUUUUCUGAGUUGAGAGUUGUCUGUCUUUGAAUGUAGAAUAAAAAUGAAUAAAAAGUUGUGUACUGCCGACGCGCCAUGAAGCAAGGUUCAUUUGCAUAAUUGUGCAUAGUUAUUGGAAGAAAUUGUUGCAUUGCAAUUACGUCCAUUAAUUGUUUACAUUUACGUUGUAAAAAUGGAAUUACCAUAACCGAACCGCACACACCGUAACCGAAAAAAAAACCUUUGAUCAUUGUGAUACGUGAAACCGUCACUAUCACUUCAACAGAUUUUCUGCAAGAACUUAAUAUAUCCACCCACAUCACUGUGUUCAUGGUAUCAAAUUUACCCAAAAAUAGAAAUGCUAAACGAAUCGUUUGAGUUCUCGUCCGAUGAUGAAUCGGAUGAAAAUCCACACAAUGAUUUGGAUGGUGGAUUGGAUAUCGACUACAAAUACUCGAAUGGUUUCAGUUUGAGUUCGCAUUUAAAUAUCGGCCAACAUUCGUUUUCGCAGAUGCAGGGUGACCUAGAUAGGCAACGGCUAUUGGGUGAUAGGCCUCGUGCUAAUUUGUAUGAGAAUAUUAUUGAAGAAGGUAUCGAGGGAAUAGAACAUCAAGAACGAUAUGAACGAUUACUACACCGCGCCCGCACCGAAGACCUAACCGAAGUAUCUGGCAUCGGUUGUCUCUAUCAGAGUGGCAUUGAUCGUUUAGGCCGGCCAGUAGUUGUAUUCUGCGGAAAAUGGUUUCCUGCUCAAAAUAUUGAUUUGGAAAAGGCUCUACUGUACUUAAUCUAUCUGCUGGAUCCGAUCGUUAAAGGCGACUAUGUCAUUGCUUAUUUCCACACGUUGACCAGUUCAAACAAUUAUCCGUCGCUGCAUUGGCUACGUGAUGUCUACAGUAUUCUUCCGUAUAAAUACAAGAAAAACUUGAAGGCAUUCUACAUCGUGCAUCCAACCUUCUGGACAAAGGUAAGUUCAAUUUUUACAUUCUAAAAAAAAUACUCUGCGGAAAGGGGUUGGAUUUGAAUUAAGUUCGAGUCUUUUCCAAGUU